AUGAUGGACGAGGAUGACGUCGAGUUGCGCGCAUCGCUGUUCUCCUCCAAGCGAAAGUGCGCAUCGGUUGCUGUGCUGCUGCUCAUCAAUUUGCUCAAUUAUAUGGACAGGUGCGUUAGUUUAUGCUGA